CUUCAAACUCCAGCUAGCUUAUUAAAAACUACGCCUUAACCAUUUUCUCAACGAAAUCAAGGUCGAAGAGGCUAGUAUGAGUACUCUUCGAGAUCUAUGGCUGGGGUGUCUCCCAGCUUUCUCAAUGUUUGCGUUACCCCACUCCAAAAAGAACAGCCGAGCUAGCCUCGGAGAGUCCAGUCACUAUAGAAGCUAUUAAAACUGUUGCGCGAGGCUGAUUGCUCGACUUUACUAACUCGCUCUUUUGCAACUAUUCACGGCUUAUGUGAGAAUUUUUGGACAUUCAAAACAUGGCGAUUAAAACAUGGCUCACGGAAACUGCUGGAGUGCAAGUACCUAUUGUGCAGGGCGGCAUGCAAUGGGUCGGCCGUGCUGUCUUGAUUUCAGCAGUAGCGAACUCUGGCGCACUGGGUUUCCUCACAGCACUAACUCAGCCGAGCCCAGAAGCAUUGCGUGAGGAGAUUCGAAAGUGUCGUCAGAUGACGAAUAAGCCAUUUGGAGUCAAUAUCACCAUGUUACCAGCAAUUGACAAGCCGGAUUACCUGAGCUACGCUAAGGUUGCUGUGGAAGAAGGAAUCAAGAUCAUCGAGACAGCAGGUGACCCGUCCCCUAUUCUAUCUUAUCUCAAGCAUAACAAAGUGAUCGUCAUUCACAAGUGUGUGACAUUAAAACACGCCUUACGUGCAGAGAAGCUUGGUGUCGACUGCAUCUCCAUCGAUGGCAUUGAAUGUGCUGGCCACGGCGGUGAAUAUGACACGACUUCUUUGAUCCUUUUGUCGAGAUGUGCACAGGCAUUGAAGAUACCAUAUAUUGCUUCAGGUGGGUUUGCAAAUGGCCAAGGCCUUGCGGCUGCGCUUGCACUGGGUGCUUCUGGUAUCAAUAUGGGAACACGAUGGAUGGUAACAAAGGAGUCACCUAUCCACGAAAAUGUAAAGAGAGCUAUUGUUGAUUGCGACGAAAAUUCGACUGUGCUGGUUCUGCGCAAAUUCCGGAACACAACUCGGUUACAUAAGAACAAAGUGUCAAUGGAGGUCCAUCACAUCGAAAAUACAAAGCAGGAUGUUACUUUUGCGGACGUCGCUCACCUAAUGGCUGGUAAACGUGGCCGUGGUGUGUAUGAGACAGGAGAUAUUGAUGCUGGCGUUUGGUCGCUUGGUCAGUGUGCUGGUUUAAUCCAUGAUAUUCCUUCCUGCGAAGAAUUAACCAGAACGAUCGAGAAGGACGCUGAGGAGAUAUUACGGAAAACAAGCAAUCUUAUUCAGCCCCAGUCACGCCUUUGAUAAGGUCUUGGAGUUCGAUUGACACAGUCGAACAGCACCAGAAAAAUUUGGGGUGUUUACAGGGCGUAAUACAUGAUUUUCUGGUAUUGAAUAGAACGGAGAAAUACAAUUUUUUGCUCCACAGCAAACUUAC